AUGUCCGAGUCCUCCAUACUCACCCAGACCGCAGCUAUAGAAGAACUAGUAGUAUCGGGCUACUUAGAUGGUUACUACACGAUGAUGAUUCCGCCAGUCAUCAAUUUUCAUCGUGAAGGUUUACGACGUUCUAAGAUUUAUACCAGUGUCUAUUUGUGUCUUCGGUAUCUUGGUCUUAUCUAUGCAAGCUGGGCCAUCCGUAUUUCCCAAACCCUGUCAUCAGUGGAAACUACCCCUGAUAUGACACCGCGAAGUUCCGCGUCUGGGUGUUAUAUCUUAUCGAUAUUCUCCAUCAUUAAGAUGACGCUUCAAUUAAAUCUUCUUCAUCGGAUGAUCCGUAGCUGUUAUAUAUCAGUCAUCCUGCAGCAAAUAAUGCUCAGGAUCAUGCUGGGCUUUGCAUUAGACGGCAUGAUGACGCUGAGAAUCCAUGCACUCUACGGUCGCUCAUAUAGGGUCAUCGUACCGCUAGGUAUCUGCUAUGCUUUUGAGCAGGUAGCGAAUGUUGCUGCAGCUGAGCGUCGUAAAUCCGGGCAUUACGGUAAUAGCACAAAAAUUUCAAGGGGCCCUGGUACACGAAGAUGCGUGUAUCCUCGAGCCAUCCGAUUUCUACGUCUCCCUAUAUGUUACGGCCAUCUCCGCUUCCCUGGUAUAUCACUCCCUCCUGCUUGCGAUGUCUUGUUAUUCCUUCUCCCGACAUAUCCAGGAGCAAGGAAAGUCAUUGCUCGAGACAUGGAGAACAUGCGGUCUAUACAUGUUUGUCGUUCGACAACAUCUUCUAUAUUUUGUCCUCGAGACUUCAUACUCAAAUACCUCCACACGAUCAGUGCCACAUUGACGUCGGCAAUCGGAUUAGUCUCAUUUUACUUCGCGCCAGCCGCGGUUGCAUACAAAUCUCCAAUGGGCGGAACAACCCUCAAUGUCCUCCAAAGAGUAUCUGACGUCGUGCAACUCUGUAUGAUCGGCCCGCACAUGAUGCUCAGCAUCCACGAACACAAUGACAAACUAGAAAGGGGAGGAUCUCAAAAUGGGACCGAGAUGCUGACGUCUAUACAGUUUGCCUCACAGCAGCCGCGCACUAGUCCAGCUGCGCGCACGGUACUGACAUCGAUUUUUUGA